GCCCGCAACCCAGAUUCUGAUGGUGUCUCUUCUCCCAUCACACACUCUCUCCAUUGGCUUCCAUAUCAUUCAAACUUGCCAUCAGUCGUUCUGAACGAAGCAUCGAUACGCUUCAUCAUCAAACCCAUCUACCACACUACACGAUCCCAAACCAGAAACACCUUCCCGUGUCUCUGGCAUCACCAACAGUGUCACCAUCACCAAGCUCGAUACCUUCCGUCGUGUCGACAAUUCCGUCACCUCACAACCACACUUAACGCAUCACUACCAUGUCCAAUAACGACAACCUUGCCCCUCGAGGACCACACACAUCCGACGAUGAGGAGAAAACAGCAUCAACGCCCCCUCUCUCCACCGCGGCACACGAAAAUGCCACACCCCACCGCACCCAGUUCUUCGGUGCGAGUGAAUACGACCAAGAUCUAGCCCUUCUUGCCGAGAAAAGGGAGCAAGAAAUGAGUUUCAAGCGCGCAUUCAUGGGAGAUCUAUGUUUGAUCAUGUACUCGCUCGGCUACUCCGGGACUAUCAUCAUGGAGGGUUACGGCAUGGCACUCCUCACGUAUUUCUUCAGCGUGGAAUCUUUCAACGCGAAGUUCGGUGUCUUCGACACCACGACCGGAAAAUAUGAGCUUGCGUACAAAUGGAAGGCCCUUUUGCCCUUGUUGGCCCAAGUCGGCGCGAUCUUCGGCGUCGUCCUUACAUCAUUCUUCGUGAAGUGGUUUGGGUACAAGCACACCGUUCUUUUCAUGCUCAUCCUCUGCGCGGCAUUUGGCUUCGUACCCUUCUUCGCCAACAACGUCGUCAUCUUGGCGAUCGGCUGUCUGGCCCAGGGCAUCCCGUGGGGCCUAUUUCAAGUCGCUAGUCCCGCCUACUCCUCCGAAAUUGCUUCAUUGCGGAUGCGGCCAAUCUUGACCACAUGGAACAAUCUUUGCUGGAUCAUCGGUCAACUCUUGGCCUCUGCCGUCGCCUAUGGCUUCCAUAGUCUUCAAAAUGAGUGGGCCUACAGGGUGCCCUUCGCCCUGAACUGGGUCUUCAUCGCCUUUCUCUUUGUUGCCAUUUUCGUUGCCCCCGAGUCUCCAUACUGGUAUCUCCAGAAAAACAGGGUAGAGGAUGCUCACAAGGCCAUCAAGAAGCUCGUCCGCAAGGGAUCCGAGGAACGCACCCAGGAGAAGCUUGCUUUGAUGCAGCACGCCAUCUGCCAUGAAAUGAAGCACGUUGCCGACAACCAGACCAGAUGGCAGAGAAUCAGCGCCAUGUUCAGAGGCACUGACAGAAGGCGUACCGAAAUUACCUGCAAUACAUGGAUGAUUCAAGCCCUCUGCGGUUCGAGCCUCAUUGGUUGGGCUCCCAAGCUAUUCGAGUCUGUCGGCAUGGCAAGCGACAAGGCACUGGCCAUGAACAUUGCCUUGCCCUGUGCCGGAAUUGUGGGCACAAUUGCGUCUUGGUGGUUGAUGCAAAAGAUGGGACGUCGACGGAUCUUUUUCUGGGGCCUAAUCAGCAUGGCCAUCGUGCUCACUGUGUGCGGUUCCGCCUCACUAGCUACAACUCCGGAGUCCGUGUCCGCUGCCGGAGCGAUCCUUGUUGUGUAUACUGCCAUCUAUGACCUGACUAUCGGCCCCAUUUGCUACUCAAUUGUUUCCGAUAUCCCUUCGGUUCGCCUCCGCACAGAGACCAUUGCUCUCGCACGUGGCCUUUACCUGGCGGCCAAUCUCUUCAAUCUGUUCCUUACCCCCAAGAUGCUCGGAAUGGACUCGAAGAGCUGGAAUUGGGGCGCCAAGACGGGUUUUCUUUACGCAGGCAUCUGUGGUCUCGGAGCUCUGUACACGUUCUACCGCAUCCCGGAAACCAAGGAUAUCUCUGUCCGAGGACUCAGCAUUCUUUUCAACGAGAAAGUGAAGGCGAGCAAAUUCAGCGCUACGAAGGCUGCGGAGCUGGAAAAAUCGCAGGGGGCUGCAGCUUCCAUGACUAGCAUCAGCGAUAACACCGUCUCAGUCCUUGACCAGACUGUGGAGCCUAAGAUUGCUUCUCCCGCUAGGGCUGCGUCUGUUAAGAACAACAACUGAGCAGGAAGAUGUUACCUAUGAACUAGAUUACCUAGUUUUGGCGUCGGCGCAGGAUGGAGGAAUGGAGCUUUUGAGGCAAAAUACCUAUGACGGAGGACGGAGACAGUGCUGGAGGACACGCGGUGCUGUCAUUCCCUCUACAUCGCGGGGUUUGGAAGUUAGCACUGGAUAACAACGGUGCCGGUGACGUGGGAUUUAAAAAAAAAUAGUAUUGACCUACUCUAUAGGGUUAAGUUGUAGUCUUUCCUUAUUACCUAUUAUUGAAUUAGGAACAAAACCACGUUACACAAUCGU